GCGAGCGUCGCUCCUGCUCCCCCGCCCAGCAUGUACUGGAGCAAGGCCCCCGUGCACGGCUCGGUACCCAAGCGCUGUUUCCGUGCGCACACAGCCACGCUUGAUGGCGAGACGAUGUGGUUGUUCGGCGGGUGCGACUCAAAGGGCUGUUUCGGGACAGUGUGGUGCUUCGACGUCGAAACAAUGUGCUGGUCCCGCCCCAAGGUCAACGGGGACGUCCCCGCCUCACGACGAGCGCACAGCGCCACCAUGGUUGAUCAGCGCCUCUACGUUUUUGCAGGCGGGGACGGUCCGCUCUACUUCAGCGACCUCUACGUCUUCGACACCGUUGCGCUGCGUUGGUCCAAGCCUGAGGUGUUCGGCAGAUCGCCCACGGCGAGGAGGGCGCAUAGUGCCAAUCAUUGGAAUGGGUACAUCGUCUUCUUUGGUGGUGGGAACGGAGUGGGUGCGCUCAAUGAUGUUUGGCUGUUGGAUGUGAGGGAUCCGAGUAGGUUGGAGUGGAGGGAGAUGGAGUGCACGGGGAAGAUGCCGAUUGGGAGGGGAUAUCAUACGGGGAAUGUCGUGGACGACAAGUUGAUUGUUAUUGGAGGGUCGGAUGGGCAUAUGAGCUUCAACGACAUCCACGUCCUCCGCCUCGACACCUCAACCUGGUACCAAAUAAAGACGGACGAAGUGCACAACCGUCUUGGCCACACGUCGACGCAAAUCGGCUCCUACCUCUUCGUCUUUGGCGGGCACGACUCGCGUUCUUACUCCAACGAGAUCCUCACCCUCAACCUCGUCAACCUCCAGUGGGAAGCGCGACGAGUCUGCGGUAAACGCCCCGCUGGUCGAGGCUACCAUCAGGCGUGGCUCAAGGACUCACGGCUGUUCGUGCAUGGCGGGUUUGAUGGGAGGGAGGUCUUUGAUGAUCUCUUCUUUUUGGAUCUGGCAGCUUGCAGCUAUUUGCCGCAGAUAACGCAGUUUAGCGUU